CUAACGUUCUCUCCCUCUUACACACACUCAUUCCAUAGUACAACGUCAUUCGCGACAACAAAACUGUUCCGAAAUAAACUGCGACUGCAGUACUUCAGUGACCGUGAGAGUGUAGUGUUGUGACUACUUGGUUAGAAAGUAUCCAGAAGAGAACAGAAAAUGUUUAACGCACGAACUCUCAGUGCCGCAUUAACGGCACUAUUGGUCAUUGUCGUCAUACCGGAUGUUUCAUCAUAUUCAAAAUAUGGAAGAAGCUGCAAAGAUAUUGGAUGUAGGAGUGAUGAAGUCUGCGUGAUGGCCGAGGAUCCUUGCACGCAAUACUCAAAUCAAUGUGGUCGUUAUCCAACUUGCAAGAAAACGGAUAACAGAGAAACCAGUUGUUCGAGUAUCAUUUGUAAUGAAAAUGAUUACUGCAGAAGUGAAAACGGCGUACCUAAAUGCGUAAGCAAGGUAGCAUCAAACGGAUUCGAAUCGGCUGGUGUCGAUAUUGUGAAUGGUCAACACGUCAGCAGUAGCGACAGUAAUAAACAUACGAAUACCAACACGAAUCCGUACGCUAACGCAAAUGCACCACCAGCGCCCGUUGAUCCUGUACCCGGGGGAAAUGGUUAUCAUCAAGUAAACUCUGGUACCAAUCUAGGUUACCCUUCUUAUCCAAGCAAUGUAGGCUCUUCGAAUAACAACAAUGGUUAUCCACCAUAUCCGUCAACGAAUCGGGGAAAUAACCCACAAACUGAUAACCUUGGUUAUCCGCCGUAUCCAACUAUGAACAGGAUGCCGCAACCUGGUCAAGGAUAUCCUGGUCAAGGUUAUCCCCCAUAUCCAGGACAAUCUGGAUAUCCGCAAACAGGCUAUCCGCAACAACAGUAUCCGAACGGUCAACGAUAUCCAGUAGGACAAUAUCCUGGUUAUCAGAAUUAUCCGAAUCAGAACCAUCGUGGAUAUGCCUACAAUUCGAAUUCUGUAUAUCGUAAAAGUGGUAGCGUCGGACAGUCUGCAUCUUUAACGACCAUUUGCUUGAUUAGCUUAGCCUUGAUAUUUGUUAAUCGGUCGUGAUUAUAAAAGAUAUUUACUUUUUUUUUUCUUAUUAUUAAACGGUGCAUUGCUAUCCUCUAUUCAAAAAUAAAUUCAUAUAACGUUCUAAGCGUAUUUUAUAAAACAUAUUUAUACGCGAAAAUCAUUUCGCAUGAAUUUUGAACGGAUUUAUUUCCUUUUAAUAUUUCUAAUAAAUUAUGAAGUUUGAUUAAGAGCGAAA